CUCCCCCAAAACCCUAACGCUUAAACCCUUUGCUCUGCGCCUCGAGUCUCCCUCUCUGUUCAGCACACACACAGAAAUGGCCAUGUACGCGAUGCUUCGCCGCGUCUCCUCCGCCGUGCUGCCUCAGCUGGCGCGCCGCACGGCCAUGGCAUCGUCUUCUUCCAGAACCUUCCACAUUGCUCUCUCUGUUCUCCGCAGAGAGACAGCGACUACUACUAUCGCACCCUCUCUUCGCUUCGCCAACGCCUUCGCUACCAAGUCCAGCGCCGACGAAUAUCUCGCUCAAGUGCUUCAGUCUGAGAUCCAAUGCGCCCUCGAAGACGACCAUGCCCACCACCAAGUCGAAGUUCCUGUUGAUUUUCCUUUUGACAUUGAGGACAAUCCUGGAGAAAGAACCAUACAACUAAAAGGAAAAUUUGGAGAUGAAACUAUCAAAGUUCAAGUUGACAUCCCUAAUGUAGCACCUGGAGAAGAAAAUGAGGAUGACGAAAAUGGUGACAAUGAGAAGAAUGAUAGUGAAUCUAGCAUUCCUUUAGUUGUGAGUGUUUUCAAAGAAAAUGGAGUGUCUCUAGAGUUUGGUGUGACUGCUUUUCCCGAUGAGAUUUCCAUUGAUAGCUUGUCAAUAAAGCAGUGUGAGGAAUCUGAAGACCAGUUGGCAUACGAGGGGCCUGAGUUCAUUGAUUUGGAUGAAAAUCUGCAAAAGGCUUUUCACAAGUAUCUUGAGAUCAGGGGAAUCAAGCCUAGCACAACCAAUUUCUUGCAGGAAUACAUGUUUGCUAAAGACAACAAGGAAUAUUUGAUGUGGCUGAAGAACCUGAAGAACUUCGUCGAGAAAUGAUUUGUUCUCUGAGGAUCGUGAAAUGUUGACAGAGGCCUUUUCUUUGGUAUACACUGUAUCAUGAGAGAGUCAUUGCUGUAGACUAAUAAUUUAAAAAAACUUGAUGUUAAAAGGAUUGUUUAGGCUAUCUUUUGCAAUUUAACUUCACCCAUCAAUCAAUAGAUCUUGGGUGGUUCUCCCAUUCAUUCUUUACCUAUCAUAUUUGAGAUGCAAGUUCAAGAUAUUCACUGUUAUAGUGCUAUUUAUAGAUUAACCAGAUAAAUAUAGUUAAUCAGGA